UUACGAAGGGCACGAAUCCACAGGCUGUGACCUGGGUAACCGUACAGGCUGGAGGCGGCGGAGACGGCGGUGAAGGCGAUGAAAUUCAGCGUGAAGGCAUGGAGCAAGGGCGGAGCUCGGGCGGGGGUACUGCAGGUCGGCGGCAGCUGUUGUUUGGAAACUCCAGCUCUCCUCCUCACUACACGCAAGGGUUUGCCUUCCUUCAUUUCCCCUGACCUGCUGUCUACUCUCCCGUCGCCGGACUCCCGCCUCCUCCAAUUUAGUCCUCUUCACUUCUGUGGCGCGACGUCUCCGGAUUGCGGAUUAGAAGGAAUCUCUAUGAAAACGAUAUCCGAAUUGGGAGGGCUGCAUCAGAUGCUUGGUUUGAAAGAUCAUGUGUUUGUGGCCGUCCCGAGGGAUUCAAUUAUAUCCUUGCCGGAUUACCAGAGCGCUAACAGGCUGGGAGCUUCUUUCGAGACUCCUUGUGGUCGACCGCUGGUAAAAAAAAUGAAACCAAAGCAGUAUAUGGAAAUGAUUUCAUCGAUGAAGCCGGAUAUAUGGUCCACAUUGGCAGAUGAAGUCCCUGCAUGGGUUUCUGAAAAGAGAAACAGAGCCUCGGUUGAUCGAACUGUGAGAUGGCUUGAUGAAUGCCUACCGUCGGAUCUUGCUUCCAAUACAGGCGGAGCUGCAUUUGAGACAAUUGUGGGAGGCUCAAGAAUUGAUGAACGGAAGUGUUGUGCAGAAGAAGUUGCAAAGCGAAAUGUGUCAGGAUUCUGCAUAGGAGGCUUUGGCCUUGGGGAAAGUCUGGAUGAUCGCCCUGCUCUUCUCCGUGCUAUUAUUGAACAUUUACCAGAAAACAAACCCCGUCAGAUUUGUGGUCUUGGGCUUACUGAGGAAAUCUUGCAAGGUGUUGCUGCUGGGGUUGACCUAUUUGACUCGACAUAUGUUUACCAUCUUACACUUGGAGGAUUUGCCCUUACAUUUGCUUCUGCGGAAAACAAGAAACACGAUGUUUGUGAUCAGCUAAUUGAAGGAAAGACACAUCGCCUAUCGUCGAGGAUUGCAAGUGCUACACAUGUAAGAAUCAUACAAAGGCUUACAUAACCCAUCUGUUCAACGUGCACGAAAUGCUGGCUCAGAUUCUAUUAGAAAUCCACAACACCCACCAUUACCUCGGAUUCUUCCGAACAAUAAGGGAAGCAAUCCAAAGAGGAAGGUUCGAGAUGCCAAAUGGGUACUACUAUUGGCAAAUCAAGUGCGGCCUUAUUUGACAGCCUCAACCCACCAAGUGGGCUUGAUACAGUUAAAGUUAAACCAAAAAGAGAUGCCAGACAUCUACCAAAGAAGAAGCAGAGUGAGUGGGCAUUGCUGAGGAGGGGUGGGGGUAUGUAUAUGCAUCACUCGUUCCGUAGGGGAAAUAUGCGCUGCAAUGCUCUCUGCCCUCUGCCUGCUCAAUUCGAUACAAAUGUAUUGCUGGAAAACGUUUCAGCCUAUUGGUGGAUUUAAAGGAAAAGGCUUCAGCAUAUCGGUGGAUUCAUAUUUCAAGGUAAAGCUUAUGGGAGACGAGAGGAUCCAACCGUACAUGAGAUUUUCACCUCAUACGGCUCCUCGUUCAAUUCUUUCGAAUUCAUUGGAUCCAGAAAGAUUGAGAAAUGGAACCAUCUGAUUUAAUUCGUCCGCGAAUAUCCUUCGAACUCGAAAGAUAUCCCAUAAUAGAGAGUAUCUCCUACUUUUUCUUUUAAUUUACGCAUUCCAUUUAUUUUAUUUUCUUGCAUAUCCGGGACUUGCAUGCAUUAAUUUUGUUCCUAAAUUUUAUACUAACUUGUUUUUUAAUGUGUUUUUAUUUUGUAGGUAAAGCUUAUGGGAGACGAGAGGAUCCGCGAAUAUCAUUCGAACUCGAAGGAUAUCCCAUAAUAGGGAGUAUCUCCUACUUUUUCUUUUAAUUUACGCUUUCCAUUUAUUUUAUUUUCUUGCAUAUCCCGGGACUUGCAUGCAUUAAUUUUGUUCCAAAAUUUUAUACUAACUUGUUUUUUAAGUGUGUUUUUAAUUUGUAGGUAAAGCGUAUGGGAGACGAGAGGAUCCGCGAAUAUCCUUCAAACUCGAAGGAUAUCCCAUAAUAGGGAAUAUCUCCUACUUUUUUUAUUUAAUUUACGCUUUCCAUUUAUUUUAUUUUCUUGCAUAUCCUGGGACUUGCAUGCAUUAAUUUUGUUUCUAAAUUUUAUACUAACUUGUUUUUUAAGUGUGUUUUUAUUUUGUAGGUAAAGCGUAUGGGAGACGAGAGGAUCCGCGAAUAUCCUUCGAACUCGAAGGAUAUCCCAUAAUAGGGAGUAUCUCCUACUUUUUCUUUUAAUUUACGCAUUCCAUUUAUUUUAUUUUCUUGCAUAUCCGGGACUUGCAUGCAUUAAUUUUGUUUCUAAAUUUUAUACUAACUUGUUUUUUAAGUGUUUUUAUUUUGUAGGUAAAGCUUAUGGAGACGAGAGGAUUCGCGAAUAUCCUUCAAACUCGAAGGAUAUCCCAUAAUAGGGAGUAUCUCCUACUUUUUUUUCUUAAUUUACGCUUUCCAUUUAUUUUAUUUUCUUGCAUAUCUCGGGACUUGCAUUCAUUAAUUUUGUUCCUAAAUUUUAUACUAACUUGUUUUUUAUGUGUGUUAUUAUUUUGUAGGUAAAGCGUAUGGGAGACGAGAGGAUCCGCGAAUAACCUUCGAACUCGAAGGAUAUCCUAUAAUAGGGAGUAUCUCCUACUUUUUCUUUUAAUUUACGCUUUCCAUUUAUUUUAUUUUCUUGCAUAUCCCGGGACUUGCAUGCAUUAAGUUUGUUCCUAAAUUUUAUACUAACUUGUUUUUUAAGUGUAUUUUUAUUUUGUAGGUAAAGCUUAUGGGAGACGAGAGGAUCCGCGAAUAUCCUUCGAACUCGAUUUCAAACCUAAGGUACCUGACAAUUUGAAUCCACCGAUAUGCUGAAGCUUUUUCCAACAAUACCUUUGUAUCGAACUGCAAUGGUGCAUCAGAGAAGUUUUUUCCCAAUAGAAGAAGUCUCUGUCCACUUUCUACCUACAACCCAAAUCAUCAUGAGUACCAAGUUCCAGCACAUACAUCGAAUAUCCAAACUAUUUCUUCAUUACUAAAAUAUCAAUAUUUUGACAUGCAACAAUACAUAGAUAACUGAUUCUGUAGGUUGAUUUGCUCUCCUCUUCGUCUAUCAUUCAUAAACCAUAACUUCAAGUCA